AAACAAAAAGACCCCCCUAAAAAGGAAUUACAACAGCUGUCAAAGAGAAAGCCCUCUUUGUUUUAGUCAACAUGCGUGAACGUAGUCAUACAACACCCCGCAGACGCGGACCCAAACAACCUUUGCCCCAGGAUGCCUUGUAUCAUGAUGAUUCGCCAUAUGAUCAACACGAAUCACCCUAUUAUACCAUAGAUAAUACCGAAGAUAUUUACAGUACCACAUUGCUGCCAUCGCAGCGGUGUUAUGUAGAUCCAUGGGAUUUGGAAAAUUAUGAUUAUGUGAGAAAGAAGAUUGGGCAAUCUCCAUCCCCACGUGGCUAUUAUGAAAGUUCGGCUACUCCUAGCCCCAUUGAGGAGCCAAUACAUUCACCAUACUACUACGAAAGGGAACCAUUGGAAAUGGCACCACGUAUGGCAUCGACUAUGCCACGCAAACGCCGAACCUCACACUAUCAGUGUCAGUUGGAAUGUUGCAACAAUGUGCGACCAUCGUCCAGACGUCCCAGUGGCAUUUAUGAUGUUGGACGUCGUGACAAUUACGACGAUUAUAUGAUAUCGCAUAUGGCACAGAAAUUUCAGAAUUUCAAUUUGGAAGAUGUUGAACCAAAUCUAUAUGGACUAUAUGGAGGCGCCUCCACCUCCUCCUCCACAGAACCACACAGCUCAUUGGGCGAUGGUGAUUAUCUAACGGCCACAAUGCCACGCAAGACAUCAAAUUAUGGUGCUCUACCGAUACGUAAAAUGUCGAAACCUGCCCCAAAAUUGGAAUUUCCAGCACCGCCACCAUCGGUGCCGCCGACCUAUGACUACUGUAAUCCUUAUGCUACACUUCCCUGUUGUAGUGUAAACGAUUGCUACGAAUGUCAGGCUGCUCAGCAACAGUUGCAGCAGCAACCAAUCUAUGGCACCCAUUCCAUUUACGGCAGUGCCCCAUCGCCAGACAAUUGCUACGAUUGCAGCCUCAGCAGCAGCCUGGGACGUCGUCCCUCCUCAUCGCUCUACAGUGGAAUUUAUAGCAGUAAAUUUGGUAUGAGCAAAAAGGGCCUACUGCAAAUCGAUUACUCGUGCAGCUGGAAUGAUUUGGAUCGGAUUAUGACAAGAAAUUAUUAAGU